CACAUGUUGACAAGAUCGCACGGACCAGAGGCAGCUUUUGAGGGACUCUUGAUCUGGCUAAGUCGACAGAGUGAUCAUUUAAAGGGAAUCUCCUGUUCGACUCAUCUGAUACUGUUGACUUCACCAGAUCUCGGGACCUUCUAGUAAAGUGAAGGAUGAAUCACUUGUCUUUGAGUGAGCUAUGUGGCCUUUUCUGCUGUCCGCCGUGCCCGAGCAGAAUAGCUUCCAAGCUGGCCUUCCUUCCACCGGAGCCCACCUACACAAUGAUGUGUGAUGAGAGCGGCACCCGCUGGACCCUCCAUCUUUCUGAGCGUGCGGAUUGGCAGUACUCUGUCCGGGAGAAGGACGCCAUUGAGUGCUUCAUGGCCCGGACAUCUAGAGGGAACCGAAUCGCUUGUAUGUUUGUGAGAUGCUCUCCCAACGCUCGCUACACCUUAUUGUUUUCCCAUGGUAAUGCUGUUGACUUGGGUCAGAUGAGCAGCUUCUACAUCGGCCUGGGCUCCCGCAUCAACUGUAACGUGUUCUCCUACGACUACUCUGGCUACGGGGCAAGCUCAGGGAAGCCUUCGGAGAAGAAUUUGUAUGCUGAUGUGGACGCUGCCUGGCAUGCACUACGAACAAGGUAUGGAAUCAGGCCAGAGAAUGUGAUCAUUUAUGGCCAGAGCAUCGGUACGGUCCCUUCAGUGGAUCUGGCCUCUCGGUAUGAGAGCGCUGCUGUCAUCCUUCACUCCCCUCUGACCUCAGGCAUGCGGGUGGCUUUUCCUGAUACCAAGAAGACGUACUGCUUCGAUGCAUUCCCCAACAUUGAUAAAAUCUCUAAAGUCACCUCUCCGGUGCUGGUGAUCCAUGGUACGGAGGAUGAGGUGAUUGAUUUCUCUCAUGGGCUGGCCCUGUACGAACGUUGCCAGCGGCCGGUGGAGCCGCUGUGGGUGGAGGGUGCGGGACACAAUGACGUAGAGCUGUAUGGACAGUACCUGGAGCGCUUGAAACAGUUUGUGGCUCACGAACUUGUAAACUUUUAGAUGGACCUCAAGAUCAGGAUUCCCCUUACUUGAUGAACAUACCCCUGGUGCCCAGCAGGCGACUGUGAACUUGACAGCGGUUUUCUUUUUUUAAAAUUAUUAUUCUAAUUAAGUUGCACUUUUCCAUGCUAUAGAGAAAAUAGGAGAUGUGUCUUUACUGCCUUUCUUAGGGGUGUGUUUGUGUAACUGUACUUCUACAGGCUCAGAUGUUUUGGUGACCCCACCUCUGUAUCUUGAUGCUAUGUCCUAAAGAAUCAACCCAUUCCACUGAAGUCCAGUUUUUGUUUUGCUGUAUGCUUGUGAUCAUAUACACAAUGGGGUACUGUACAAAUGCAACAUUCUGGCACAAAUAAUUGCCAUACAGGAGAUGCCAUUAUAAUAUAUUAAACUUUGAUAUAUUACUUUGUACAUGUUUCUAAAACAUGCCUGCUUAAGCACAAUGUGUGCAAUCUGUAUGAGAUCUUGGUAUGUUUAUUUUUAUUCAUGUCAAAUACUCUGUUUUUCUCUUAAGUGUAUUCUUUAAAACAAUGCUGGACAAUAUGACAGUUUUAACUUUCAAAUGAACCAAUAAAUAGACUUUUCAAAAUAAAGAAACACUAUACUUGUGGCUUACAAUAGCUCAAAGUAAACACACACCUGCUCAAAUAGAGUAAUGGUGAUAUUAGUAACAGUCCAUUUGUUAUCUGCUUGUUGCACAUUUUGAAUGGAAAUCCAUCAGACCUCUUGGCUAUACAUUACUGAACUUAACUCUUGUUUCUGUUUGGAGUCAUUUCUUUGCCAUUUUGUCAAAAAUUAUUUAUACCAUCUUGUGUAUCAUAUGAAAUGUACAUAACUUUUUGUUGUUGUCUUGGGCCAUGAUAAGGCUGUUUCUUUGGACUGCUGCUUAAUUUAGGCAGCGACAUUUAGUUUCUCUUUAGAGAUCCACUGGACACAGUGAUAAGAGUUAAUGUGAUUGAAUGUCUGUAUAUGGAAAAUGAAUGAUGCUCUAACGUAGAUUAUACAGUAAUGCUUCUCAAAUGUAAAAGAGAACUGUCACCCUGUUCCACACUUUGUAAAUAACAUUUAUUUGAAUGUUUCUCAUUUUUUUCUCUGUACUAUAAAACUGGUGAUAAUUUUGUUAUUACCAUUGUAAAUUGAUUUAUUAUUAUAUUAUGUAUGGCACAGAAUAGAUUUUAACUGGUCAGACUGAAGCACAAACUGAUGUGCCUCAGCUUUUCCAGACAUAUUGUUUUUCUGUUUUUGUAAGCACCCAUUGUAAAGGAAAAUUGCUAUAAAGUAUGUAAUUAUGAUCUUUAAUAGUAAAUAAAUGUAUUAUUAUAAUGCUGUUGUAAUUUAAA